UAUAGUUAAAUUGAACAGUACGUUGAUAGAGAUUUAAUGGCGAGGUUCAUCAUGUGCAUGCUUUUCUCCGUAAUCAUCAUUGCGGUGGUCUUUGUGCAUUUCACGACGGCGCAAACGGUGCAUGUUGUGGGGGAUGACAUGGGAUGGACCAUCCCUCCCAACGGUGCCACUGCUUAUAGCAAUUGGGCGGCUAAUAAGAGGUUUUUAGUUGGAGAUAUCUUGGUGUUCAACUUCACAACGAAUGAGCAUGAUGUGCUACGAGUCCCCAGGGCAUCCUUCGACCAGUGCAGCGAUUACAACCCUAUUGGAAACAUGCUCACGAAUGGUCCGACCAACGUAACCCUCAACUCCACCGGCGAACAAUAUUACAUUUGCACACUUGGGCGGCACUGUGAAGUCGGUCAAAGAUUAGCCAUUACCGUUUUGGCCGAUUCUGGCUCUCCUCUGCCAGCACCUUCACCUACUACCCCAACAACACCUUCUCCUACUUCAGGCACUCCCGCCGAUUGCGCACCUACUCCGACAUCUGGUCCAACAGCUGGCUUCACGCCCCCAACAUCGGUACCUGGUUCCAACGGUUCAUCUUCAUCUGGUGUUGUUCUUGUCAAUUUGUUGGUGUCCAUGUUGGUCAUUGUCAUGGGGUUAAUUUUGUAAUCUGCCGAGGAAGAC